AGUGGCGGCGCUUCAGGAGGCCGGAUGAGGGCGGCUGACUGAGGCGGGCGGGGCGGCGAAGAGAUAGCGCAGCGCUUCUUCCAGCUCCGGGACAGGCGCCGGCGGGAAGGCGGCAGCGGGCCAGCAGUCGGAGCGUCUCCAUGGCGCGGCGUGGACUCCUCCUGGGCGGCCGCGGCACCGGCAGCGCCUCCGCUCCUCGCGGCGCUCGGUCCCCCUGAGAGGAAAAGCGCGUCGUCGUCUCUUCCUCCUCCUCCUCCUCCUCCCUCGCUCGCUCGCUCCCUCCCUCCCUUGACGACGGGACUCACUCUCGCCCCCCCGCCGCCGCCGCCCCUCGGAGCGGGCCGGAGAGCGAAGCGGGAGAGCGCCGGGGCCUCAGCCGUCGCCGCGACUGGACUAGGCGCAGUGCCGGGGACCGGAGGAGGCGGCGGCGGCAUUAUUAUUUCUGCCUCUAUGAUGAAGUUCAAGCCCAACCAGACGCGGACCUACGACCGGGAGGGCUUCAAGAAGCGGGCGGCGUGCUUGUGCUUCCGCAGCGAGCGGGAGGACGAGGUUCUUUUAGUAAGUAGCAGCCGGUACCCAGAUCAGUGGAUUGUUCCAGGUGGAGGAAUGGAACCAGAAGAGGAACCUGGUGGUGCUGCUGUCAGAGAAGUCUAUGAAGAGGCUGGAGUAAAGGGAAAACUAGGCAGAUUGCUGGGAAUAUUUGAGCAGAAUCAAGACCGGAAACAUAGGACUUAUGUUUAUGUUCUUACAGUGACUGAAAUCCUGGAAGACUGGGAGGAUUCGGUUAAUAUAGGAAGGAAAAGAGAGUGGUUUAAAGUCGAAGAUGCAAUCAAGGUCCUUCAGUGUCACAAGCCAGUACAUGCAGAGUACUUGGAAAAAUUGAAACUGGGAUGUUCACCAACCAAUGGAAAUUCUGUGGUUUCUUCCCAUCCUGAUAACAACUCUCUAUAUGUUACUCCUGCACAGACUUCUGGGUUGCCCUCAACUGUAAGAUAAAAUUCAGCUACUUUUUUGUUCACCAUCACAAGGGGAGAUGUGUUAGUGGUCAUGUGCUAUGUGUAUAGUCAUUUAAAUUGAGUGUGUGAACACUUUAUGUUCAGACAUAUACAUUCUUUCUUUCUUUUUAGCAAUGUUUAAUAUUUCAACAAACCAAAGCCAUACAGGGAAUUCUAAAAGAUGCCUUAAAUGGUCCUCUUUGUGGCUUUUUAAAACCUGAUUAAAAACAAAACAGGAGUGAAUUUGUAAUUUGGCAUUUGAGUCUGGCUUAAUUUUGUUAAAUUUCCUAAAAAUCAAAAAAUGCUAUUUUUGGGAAACUGUUUUUAAUUUAGUCAUCCUUAUUUCCCUACUUCAGUACAAAAUUUGUUGGACAAGUUAAAAGGCAGUAGAAACCAACAAAGAAGUGCCUUCUAUGUCAAGAAGUGUCCUCCCCAAAUAUUUCACUUACAAAUCCUAACCAGAGUAGUGCCAGCUUGUCUGCCUCUGCCAAUCCUUCACACUGCUCUUGCUUACAAUUAGCCAAACAGGCAGAUUCGAGAAAAAUGUUAACAUGCCAACCCCUUAACCUGCUUGCUCUCCUCUUGCCAAAGUCAGCCUUGGCUUUCUUUGCUAUUCCAGCAGGUGUUGAUUCACUACUGGGGACCAUCCCAGCUUCUUCCAGCCUGUUUCCAAAACACAUGAUUUGGAUCACUAUUGGGAAGAUAACUGUCCUGAGCUUUAAGGAAAAAAAGCAGACUAAAUGGGGUUCUAAUCCUGUUUUAAUGCUUGCAACUAAAAUAUGGCUAUAGAGAUUCUCUAAAUUAUAUGAAGUCUAAUUUCAGAAAUCUCUAAAAGCAUUUACUGUACGCUGAACUUUCCCUUGAUCCCUCAAGUCAUUACUGUGGUUGAGGUAAAGAACUACCUCUAUUAUGAAACUGUCUCUUCUCAUUCUUUCUAUGUAACAUAAACCCACUGUAAAUAAUCCAACUGGUGUAUAGUGUAAAGUGGAAAGAAAAGGUAAUGUAAAUACUCUGUUGCUCACACCAGUAGGUUACUACCUAGGACUUCUGUGUCUUAAUAGCUAUGUAACCAGCAGAAACUUUAAUAGCUCACUCACUGAAUCUUCACCUAGUGAGUUCCUGCUCAUCACAUAACAGAUAAAGGCACAGGAAUCCUGUCUGAGAAAAAGGUGGCAAACUUACACACUAACUUCCAAUACAUUGGGUAAAAAUGCUGCUAUAAAUUAACCCACAUGCUGUUACAAUUUUUAAGGAAAAUAUUGGUGCCAUAUGCUUUCCUUCUAGAAACAUGUGGGAAUCACACAUAGUGCCAUAGAAAUGCAUUUAAGCAAGGAACAUCAGUAAGAGGUUUGGUUGUGAGUGUUGCUUCAAGAGCCAUAAGUACUAUUAACUGGAGAUGGACUUGCAACAUCUUGCUCAGGUUUGAACUUCCAGGAGUUACUGGCUUCAGAGAAUUUGAGUGGAGCCGUAGAUGUCAUCAGUUUUGUGCUUGAAGAGCCUUACUUUCCAUAUUCUGAUUCAGAUGGUCAAAAGAACAUUCAGAGUAGACUGGUGGCAGACCCAUCAAUGUGAAACCUUGUACACUAAUCAGAUUAAGGAAAUGGCUAGUUAACAAGUAUGCAUUUUUCCUGAUUCCUAAGUCAGCACUUCAACCCCACACUCUUAUUCAGUUAUCACUAACCACAUGAUGAUGAUAAUAUGAGAAAUGUCUCUUGUUCAUCACAGUGAUGGAAGUAAGAGCAAUUUUAAUUAGUUUUUGGUUACUAUAACUGCUUUCAUCUCAACUUUUGCUUUUGGAACAUAAAACCAAGCCAAGCGUAGAGAAGCUACAUAUUGGUAGUGCAUGAAUACUUUGGUUUCUAACAUUUAUGUGUUAUGUAAAAAUGUACAGUUGUCAGUGCUAACCAAAUCAAAGGUGAUGGCUUAUAAAUACUCCAGGCUGCUGUGCCACAUACAGUUUUAAAUAUAUUGGUGUACAGAUCUCUUCUGCCUAUGCAACUUCAGAUAAAGCCCCUUAUUCAUACUGACUUCUAAAGUCUGUCUUGCAACAUAACACUGGAAUGACAAGAGGUCCACUGUAUUAUUUAGCUGCCAUUGUUGCAUUUUCACUUAUAGACAAGUGAACACAGAAACAUUGUCUAUUUCUGUCAUUUGGAAGAAUAGACCGGACAGCAUGAAUGUGUCAAAUAACAGCUAGGACCUCUUCUGUCAAGAUUAAACCAUAGUCAAAUAACUCCAGUAAGGGGUUCAGGGUUGACAUUAAAAUGCUGAGGGAUUAGUAUAUAGUGAAGCAUUCUUGUGGAACUAGGCCAGUGUUCCCCCUAAGUGACCUUUGAACCUGUAGCUGGCUUCACAAGGCAGGGAAAUAAAAGUUGACUAGGACCAGAUUCCACAGGGCAGUCCAUGUCUUCAGUAUCUUAAGACAUGGUUUGCAAAGUCAGAAGGUCAUUACCAGAGAAGUAUAGGCAGGUCUUGACUUAAUACAGUGGGAGUUUGUUACAGUGAAUAGUUAAUUGGGAACAUGCCAUACCAACAUUGCAAGAGUAUUUAUGUAGGUUAUAGAGGCUAUUAAAAGUAAAAAUACCAUCCUGAGUGCUUAUUGCAGACUAACCAGGGCUACUGUCAAAAUGUUGGAACAAAUGCUCAACAUGCUUCUGAGAAGUAAAACGUUUGAAGGAAAACUACAAGUUAAGUUGUAAACAUUUUGAGCUGUGUGCAUGGCUUUCUUUUAAAGAUUGAUGUAAGAAUUUUGACUUUUUAUAUCUGAAAUGAUCCUCCAAAAUAAAAAAAAAUUGAAACACAA